CCAGGGUACACUACUCUUUUCUAAGAAAAGUCCGCGUUUUCCCUUCUUCUUCGUUUCUUCCCUCCUCUCUCUCUCUCAUCUUUCUUAAUUUCCCAAUUUCUCUCUCCUAAAUUCAUCUCAUUUCAAUUCAAAUUAGGGUUCUAUCAUUCCAUCAAUUUCCUCUUUUUCUUCUCAAUUGAUUUUGUAUUUAUUGAUUAAUUACUCAAUCAUAUACAUAUUAUUUCAAUUGUAUUGUAUUGUAAUUACCUUCUUCUGGAGUUCGAUCAUUUUUUUGCAAUCACCGUACUCCUCAAUUUCAUAAUCAUAAUCUGUGUAUAUUUAAAUUUGAUUAUUUUUGGUUAUUACUUACUACUAACUGCAAUUUUUCUCUUGCAUUCUUCAAUUUUGGAACAAAUUACAGAUACAAUUAGUUUAAUAUGAGCUGCGUAGGAUAGUAAUUUGGUUUAGAAAGAGAGAAAAACAAAAGAGGGGGAAAAUGAAAUUAGUGGUAAAAGUGAUUGAAGCAAGAAAUGUACCAGCAAUGGAUCUAAAUGGGCUGAGUGAUCCAUACGUUAGAAUACAUUUGGGAAAACAAAGGUUUCGAACGAAGGUGGUGAAGAAAUGCUUGAAUCCUUACUGGGGAGACGAAUUCUGUUUUCGGGUGGAUGAUUUGAGUGAUGAACUAGUGAUCUCUGUAUUGGAUGAGGAUAAAUACUUCAAUGAUGAUUUUAUUGGACUUGUUAAAUUCCCUGUUUCCAGGGUUUUUGAUUCUCCUGAUAAGUCCCUUGGCACUUCCUGGUACUCUUUGUUACCCAAGAAUAAGAAGUCGAAACCCAAGGAUUGCGGUGAAAUUUGCCUCCACAUAAAUCUUUCUCAGAAUAGUUCUUCAAUAGAUUUACCCAACGCUACUGUUGCUCCUGUGCAAAUGCCUGUGAGAAAUGACAUUACAAAAGGUGAAUUACUUUCAGCAUCUUCGAGUUCAAGAUCAUCUUCUCCGAAAUCGGAGGCUAAUUUUGGUAAGAAUGAUGAACUCUUUAGUCAGAAAUCUGACCAAGCCGAAACUUCUAACUCGGAAGUCAAUGAGGGCUCUUCUGGUGACCACCUUUCUUCUGCCUCUUUUGAUGACCUAAUGAAGACUAUGGAAGGGAAGGACCAGGGAAUUGACCUUCCAACCAACUUAGCCGGAGGGGUACUUUUAGAUCAGCUGUACUUGGUCACCCCUGCUGAGCUCAACGCUCUAAUUUUUUCCCCUGAUUCAAAAUUUCCACAAGCUCUUGCAGAAUUCCAGGGAAAGACAGAUUUGCAUUUUGCGCAGUGGGAGUUUGAAAAUGAAUGCUUGAAAAGACAGAACACCUACCUUACGCCGCCAUCAAAACUAUCAAAGUCUUUAAAGGCUUUUGAGACUCAAACCUAUAAAGUAGCCAAUGGGAAGUCUUUUGCAAUUUUAAUCAGCGUCAGCACUCCAGAUGUCAUUUAUGGGAGCACCUUUAGAGUGGAGAUGCUUUACUGUAUCAUGCCUGGACCUGAGUUGGAAUCUGGAGAACAAUCCUCACGCUUACUGGCAUCCUGGGGAAUGAAUUUUGUUCAGAGCACUAUGAUGAAGGGAAUGAUUGAGAAUGGUGCCCGGCCAGCGGUUAAGGAGAGUUUUGAUCAGUUUUCUAGUUUUUUGUCUCAACAUGUCAAACCUAUUGAUCAGAAGGACACUGGAUCCCAGAAGGAUCAGGUUCUUGCAUCUUUGCAAGCAGAACCACAGUCAGAUUGGAAGCUGGCUGUUCAAUAUUUUGCUAAUUUCACAGUGGUGUCUACCAUCAUUAUUGGGAUUUAUGUCCUCAUCCAUAUCUGUAUAACAGCACCAAGCACUAUUCAGGGUCUCGAAUUUGUUGGACUGGACUUGCCUGAUUCAAUUGGAGAAGUUAUAGUUUGUGGUGUUCUGGUCCUUCAAGCUAAGAGGAUGUUUGAGUUGGUAGCACGCUUCAUGCAGGCCAGAUUGCAGAAGGGCAGCGAUCAUGGAGUUAAAGCACAAGGAGAUGGAUGGCUGCUCACUGUUGCACUAAUUGAGGGAAGCAACCUAGCAGCAGUUGACUCGAGUGGUUUCUCUGAUCCAUAUGUAGUUUUUACUUGUAAUGGGAGAACUAAAACAAGCUCAAUCAAGUUUCAGAAGCUAGAUCCUCAAUGGAACGAAAUAUUUGAAUUUGACGCCAUGGAUGAGCCGCCAUCAGUUCUAGAAGUGGAGGUUUUUGAUUUUGACGGACCUUUUGAUGAAGCAACUUCUUUAGGACACGCUGAAAUAAAUUUUCUCAAGGCUAAUAUAUCAGAGCUAGCAGAUGUAUGGGUUCCUCUUCAAGGAAAGCUAGCACAGUCAUGGCAGUCAAAACUGAGAUUAAGGAUAUUUUUGGACGACACAAGAGGUGGUAAUGCUGUCAGAGAAUACCUCGAAAAAAUGGAAAAGGAGGUCGGAAAGAAGAUAGGUCGGCGAUCACCUCAGACCAAUUCAGCAUUUCAAAAGCUAUUUUGCCUUCCACCAGAGGAAUUUCUAAUCAAUGAUUUCACUUGCCAUCUGAAGCGCAAGAUGCCACUGCAGGGACGUCUUUUUCUAUCACCAAGAGUAAUAGGAUUCCAUGCUACCCUGUUUAGACAUAAAACAAACUUCUUUAUUCUUUGGGAGGAUGUAGAGGACAUUCAAGUGGCUUCUCCUAAUCUAUCUUCAAUGGGGAGCCCGAUCAUUGUCAUAACUCUUCGUAAGGGAAGAGGCUUAGAUGCAAAGCAUGGAGCAAGGACACAGGAUGAAGAAGGGAGGCUGAAAUAUUAUUUCCAUUCCUUUGUGUCUUUCAACAUGGCACACAGAACUAUUAUGGCCCUUUGGAAGGCAAGAUCCUUGAGCCCUGAGCAGAAGGUGAAGAUUGUUGAAGAAGAUUCUGAAACUACCAGUCUCCAUACAGAAGAGAAUGGAAUCUUUUUGGGUGAUGAGGAUGUUAGCAUGACUGAGGUUUAUUCUUCUGCUAUCUCUGUUCCGAUGAACUUCUUGAUGGAGCUAUUUAGUGGAGGUGAAGUUGACCGAAGAGUUAUGGAGAAAGCUGGAUGCCUUGAUUAUUCUUGUUCUCCCUGGGAAGCAGAUAAAGAUUUAUUCGGAAGGCAAGUGUGCUACAAAUUUGACAAGCGUAUAUCUAGUUACAGAGGAGAAGUGACCAGCACACAACAAAAAUCUCCUCUUCCUGAUAAAAAUGGCUGGCUCAUUGAAGAGGUCUUGACGCUCCAUGGGAUUCCUCUUAGUGACCACUAUAAUCUCCAUCUCAGAUACCAGCUUGAGGAUAGAUCAAAGGGUUGUCAUGUGAAAGUUUCUUUUGGAAUUGCUUGGUUGAAGAGCACCAAACAUCAGAAAAGGAUAUCUAAAAACGUACUAUCAAAUCUGGCAGAUCGUCUGAAUGUGAUGUUUGCUACUGUCGAAAAAGAAUAUGUGAAUGGAAGAUAGAGGCUCCAGCAUUGAACCAUGCUUUUCACAUCUCAAGUCCUCGCGAGAUGCAUCAUCAUCACCCGUGAACGUCUCUUUUGAGAAGAGAGGCAACCGUUGUCAGCAGAAACAAAGUCUUAACUGAUGCAGAUAGUCAAAUUUCAGGCGCAGCGUUCUCUGUAUGUAGCCAGCCAUCGUGAGCCGACUGACGCUAGAUAGAGAGUGAAGAAUUGUUGGUUUGACGAGUUUUUGGUGCUGAUUACUGUAUAUUCAAACGCUUGUUGUAACACUAGAUGGAGAGUGAGAAAUCCAACUGACAGCAAUGUUUUUUGAACUGCAAGGCGUCAGAAUUCAAAUGUGGAUAAUUCUUUGUCAAUUUUACACUAGAAAAAUUAAUGUAAACUGUCCCAAUUAUGGCUAUCUUUCCAAUGUAAAGUCCCAGCUAUUGAUUAUUCUACAAUAUGCUAAACUUUAAGAUGUAUUAUACAUAUGUGCCAUGUGGCCUUGGAUGACUUGCGCAA